GUCUGAACAUUGAACUCACCACAGACCCUCGUCUGACCCACAGUCAGCGCAGACCUUAAACCCACCAGAGUUCAGUUUGUCCAGACCCUGAACUCACCGCACACCCUUCACCUCAGGAGGCCUUUGAAUUAGACGACGUUUUGACCAUAUUUGGAUUUCCAGGUGCUCCUGUGUGUAUCUGUGUGUGUGUGUGUGUGUGUGUGUGUCUGGACGAGCGGGACAAAGGUCAAGUUUAAAGGUGUGUCAGUGAUACCUGUGAGAGCGAGAGAGGGGCGAGCGAGUGCGAGCAUGAGUGUGUGUUGAGCAGCAGGAGUUAGAGGGUCUGUGUGUGUGUUCAUGUGUGUGUUUGUGUGUAUUAGUGUGUGUGUGUUAGUCGUGGUCACCAUGGUUCUCCUCCUCAGGCGGACGCCGCUGCCUCGGUUCCUGCUGCUGUCAGCCAUAUUGGCGCUGCUCCUCUUCCUCAGCUCCUUCUGGUUACGUGAGUCUCUCUCCGCCGUCACUGGAUGUCGGCCAUGUUGGCUCCGCCUCUUAGAUUAACACAGUUAAUUUUACAGUUUGGGUUCCAGGGUUCGACCCAAAGUGCAGGAUGGGAAAUGUUGGCCUGCGCCCCCUGGUGGUUUUUAGAUGAAGUUGUUGUGUUUUUUCAGUAUGUGUGUGUGUGUGUGUGUGUGUGUGUCGUGUUUGUAGAGGAUCUGUUGUUUGUGGAAGACACUGUGAUUUCCAACAUGAUGGUACGGUGGCCGAGAACUGCCACUGCUGCGGAUAGAAAAAAAUGCGAAAAAAAAAGAAACGGUGCAGAUAAAAAAAAAAAAAACACAAUGGAAGUUACAGAUGCAAAAAUAAUUUUAAAAAUAGGGCGAUGGAAAAAAAAGUUAGUUACUGCAAAUAAAAAAAUGCAAAAAACAAAGCCACAACGGACGUUAACGAGGAAAAAAGAAAACAAACAGAAAAAAACCAAACAAAUGGAGCAAAUUAAAAAGAAAAAAAAAAGCCACAACGGAAGUUAAAGACACAAAAAAAAGUGUUGAUAGAAAAAAAAAAAUUUGCAAAAAUAAAAGGAUGCAAAUAAAAAAGAAUGCAAAAAAGAAAUGGUGCAUAUAAAAAAAAAGCCACAGCAGAAGUAAAUAACACAAAAAAGAAAAAACAAAAACAAAAAAAUUGGUGCAGAUUAAAAACAAAAAAAGACACAAAGGAAGUUAAAGACACCAAACAAAGGGCAAUGGGGAAAAAAAGUUAGUUACUGCGAAAAUAAAAGGAUGCAAAUAAGAAAAAUGCAAAACACAAAGUCACAACAGAAGUUAACAAUGUAAAAAAAAAAUUGGGAAAAAAAAAAAAAAGGAAGAUAACAACCUAAAAAAAGUGGUGAUGCAAAAAAAAAAAAAAAAAAACUUACUGCGAAAAUAAAAGGAUGCAAAUAAAAAAAAGCCUCAACGGAAGUUAAUAAUAAUGAUGAUGCAUCGGUGUUUUACGAUCUAGGCACAGAAGAGGACGGUGAGAAGUCGAGCGAAGAAGUUCGUAGAAAGGUUAUUGAUUAAUUUUACUUACAGUUGAACUGAAGGAUGUCGGUGUCGUGUUAGCUUCAUGUCCGUUGUUUUUUUUAAAAUUAUUUUGCAUUCUUUUAUUUUCACAGUAAGAAACUUUUUUUUUCUAUUAACACUUUUUUUUGCCGCAGUAGCUGUUCUCGGCCACCGUAUGAUGGAGGACACGAACACAAUCACAGAAAUCUUAAAUAAGAAUUAACUGAUCUAAAAAUGUCUAAACUCUGGACAUGAUUCGGUUAAUUUGUCUCACUCUCUUGUGGGUCUAAUUUCCUUAGUUCCGGUUCGUCUCACUUCGCCGCUCUUCUAUAAAAACCGAACGUUGUCCAUGACGACCCGCAGACCUGAUCCUGGUCUUUGUUUCUGUCUCUCCUCAGCUCAGAGCGGAGUCCGAGACUGUGACAGCAUCUGGCAGCCAUGUUUGAGUUUUUAUACUCCAAAGGUAAAACAAAAAAUUUUACAAUCUGUCGUUUUUCACUUUUUUUUUAACUUUAAUUUGAAAAUAAAGAAAUUAUUUGUAUUUUUAUUAUCAAUGACACACGUUUUUGUCGAUAAGGUCAUCAGUGCACGAAGGAAACGUAUCACUGUCUCUUUCUCUCUCUCUCUUUCUUUUGUCUUUUAGCCCGAGCCUCCGCUGUUUUCUGGGGAGUGGGCGGAGCUCGGUAAAGCCCCGCCCAUCAUAAAGGAGUGUCCAGGUCAGCUGUUCCAGGUUCGGUCCCUCCUUCAGUUUUUAAAGUCCAGUCUGGAAGAAGACGACGACGUCCUCCUGGAGCCGUACCUGCAGAGCUGGGAUCAGCUGCUCCAGUAAACGAACCGUCGUUACCGAACUUUACGAUGACGAUAAAAUCUGUUAAACCGGUGAUUCUAGGAAUUCGGGUUUUCUGGUUCGUGAAAAAAAUACACACAAAAAAAAUAAACAUGUUUCUGAAGGCAGCGACUGAUGACGGACAGUUUAAGCCUAAAAGAAAAAAAACUUUUCCCACCUGAUGCAUAAAAUUUCAAAGAUUAUUAGUUUCUUUGUCACUGAGGUCGUUUUAACAUUCACCGUCUGAAAAUAAUCUUUUUUUUAGAUAUUUUGUUAAAGAUUUAAAUCUUUUUUUUAAUUCAAAUUUAACUAAUUUAAAUUUAAAGAUUUUUUAACAUCGAACAUCAAUGCAAACAUAUGAACAUGUAUAAUUUAAAUAUUUUUUAGUUUGAUAUUUACAUAAUUUUGAAAAUUAUUUUAUCAUUUAAUAAUUUGUAUUUUUUAUUUAAAUUCAAAUAUUUUUGAACAUUGAACGUGAAUUUAAACAUUUGAACAUAAAUAAUUUAAAUUAUUUUUAUUUUAUUUAAAUUAUUUUAAUUUUUUAAAUUUAAAUAAUUUUUGAACAUUGAACGUGAAUUUAAACAUUUGAACAUAAAUAAUUUAGAUAUUUUUAUUAUAUUACAUAAAUUCUUUUGUAAUAAAUAUAUUUUAUUAUUUAAAUAUUUAUUUAAAUUAAAAUUUAAAUAAGUUAAAUCAUUUUUGAAUAUUGAACAUAAAUUUGAACAUUUGAACAUCAAUAUUUCUAAUAUUUUUAUUUCCUUAUUUAGAUAAUUAAAUAGAACUUUCUUAAAUAACUUUUGUACUUGAAGUCAUCUCUUUUCAGGAUCUGAUUUUGCUCCGGAAACAAGAUGGCUACAUUUACAAAAGUUAUUUUAGCGCUUGCCUAAUAAUCGGAAAAGACAAGAUUGCUUGUAACCAUCUUGUUUCCACCUCUGAUUUAGCUUUUUUCCGACUUUGUAACUGAAACGCUGUGAACUCGGGUGUGACAUCAUUUUCAGCUCCUACUUCUGACUUCUGAGGAAACUCUAACACAGCGUUAGAAACACGGUUCGGAUUAAAAUCUUAAUCUUUGUUUUGAUCGUAAAAAUCCGAUAAACUUCGGGUUAAACUCGUGUCUUUCUCUCUCUCUCAGUUUCAUGGAGUCUCUCGGGACGAUGGUCGGUUUCUUCUCUCAGAAGGUGAGGGAGAAGGUCGUCCUGAUCCGAGAGCUGUCACUCAAACGUAGCGCCGAGGAUCAUGGGAAACGUGGUCCGGCACCUUCAGGACUCAAACUCGGGGUAAGUGUAGAAGACCGUCGAGAACAUGCCUGAAAGAAACCUGAUCGUCUCUAACUAUCUGAUUCCUCCUCAAGGCGUAUCGUUCGGUGAGAUCAAUGGUGGAGGCGGAGCUAAAUCAGGGCGUGGUCAACUUCUCCUGGCGCACGGAUUCGGGCUGCAGGACGCUGCUGCGGCUGCACCGCUCCCUGCUGUGGUUGAGGCUCAUGCUGGAGGGGUUAGCCGAAGGACCGGAUGCAGAUGGGCGAUAUAAAACACCCGGAGAGCUGAGCAGGUAACCAUGACGACCCGAGUCACAUCUCUGUUGAGGUUAUUUAACUUAAUUAACCGGCGCUCCUUCUGUUUGCUGCCUUCAGGGACGCCUACAAGGUGGCGUUGGCCCCCCACCACCCGUGGAUGUUGCGGAAGGCGGCGGAGUUCGUCUUCCUCGCUCUCCCGGACAGACAGUACUUCCUGCAGCUUGUGUGCGUGCAGAACCAGCGCGAGGCCACGCCCAUCCUGCGCAUCAUCAUCCACGCCCUGAAGCUCGUGCACGCCCAGACGCAGCGAAUCCUGGCCGAACACGACAUGCUGGAGCUCCCCUGAACCCGGGCGACCCCGAGGAAAAACCGUUUUUACACCACGACCUGCUGAGUCAGCGUUUUUUUUUUCCCCAGAGUGACUUUUAUUCUAGUCGUUCACAAGGAAACACGACAAACAAACGGGUUUCUUCGGAUUACAGCGAACAAGGAUGUCAAGAAGAACCAUGAGCUGCAUUCAGGACCAGGAAACCAGAACCGAACUUUGUAACGUCACGCUCAAACUGACGGAAUCUUUUUAAGAGUCGUGGAAAUUCCAUCUGGCCCUAAAUGCAGCGUCGACAAGACAGAGAAAGUUUUUUUAUCAAACUGUAAAAAGUGAAAACACAUUUCUGUACAUGAAAACCAAACAGCUCUGUCAUCGUCGGCGCAGGGACGUUUGCCGACUGCGACGGAUCAGAGUAAAUAAAAAGUUCGUAAGUAACUGAAAUGUACCGACCCUCCUGAUUCCCCUGAAGUGAUCGGGUGAACUCGAGUCUUUAUCUUGUGGAUAUGAGAUUAUUAACAGCAGCUUUAAAGGGAUAUUCCAGCGUAAAAUUAAGUUAGGGUCAAACCCCGAGUUAGACCCCCCCUCCAGAGAUGAAUGUUGUCGACCGCUUGCUUCUCUAGUUAUACCAACUUCAGUAACGACCGCAGGAUAGCAAUACAGAUAACCAGGUAAAGGUGUUUUUAUUGAGCCGAAUUAUCAAUAAAAUCAUGAUUUUGUUAACAGGUAUGGAUUUAUGUGCUGUUGAGUUAAUAUAUUUGAACAAGAGCACAGUAAAGUUAAAUCAGCUAAUUUUCCAAUGAGGUUCUGUUACUGAACGGAACUACACCAUGUUCUACUGUAAUUUCUUUAGCAAAGAGACUAAACACAACUCACCUACUCUCUUCCAGCAGAUGCUUCUUUGUAGGGGAGCCCUGACCAGUAGAUCCCUAAGUGCAGCGGGGUGCCGCAGCUUAAGGAAGAACAUUUAUGAUCAUUUCUUCAUGGAAAUACAAUCAGACUGAGACGCUAAGGCAGAAGAACUACCGCGUCUGUAAAAUGAUUAAUAUGGUGAUUAUUACUUCAAGGAAAUGAUGAAGAAAUGAUCAUAAAUGUUCUUCCUUGAGCUGCGGCACCCCGCUGUAGUCCGUAAUGGACUGGCCUGAGGUCUAACUACAAACAAGCGUCUGCUGGAAGAGAGUAGGUGAGUUGUGUUUAGUCUCUUUGCUAAAGAAAUGAGUCAAAGUUAAAAAGAUGUUUGGUGUCUAGUACUAUGUCUGUGACCCUAUAUGUACUAACCUCAGUAGAACAUGCUGUAGUUCUGUUCAGUAACAGAACCUCAUUGGAAAAUUAGCUGAUUUAAC